CGUAUAUCACAACCAAGCAUGUCUUCAGGAAUCGUUCUCGAUUUGAUAUACAGUAGAGAAUAUAUUGAUGACUUUGAUCUUUUCACGGUCCCUGAUUUAAGAGCCCGAGCGAGGUUCCUUGGCAUACGUGGAUACUUGCGGCUCAGAAGGUCCGAGCUUAUCGAAUUAUUGUUAUCAACAGUACCCACAAGAGAUCCCGAUAUGACUUUGACGCUCGUCCUAGGGAUGCUUGAUCACGAAGUGAUCGAAUUUUCAGGACCCGUGAUGAGACCAAAUGUAUCAGCACCGAGACCGAUGAGACCGGUACCAUCGUUGGUUGAGAAUGAUGUGAGUGAUGAUGAAGAGGACAUUGACGAUGAUGAUGAUAAAUGUAUCAUUUGUCUUUCUAAACGAAAGAACGCCACCAUUGUUCAUGGUAGAACAGGGCAUUUUUGCUGCUGUUUAUCGUGCGCAUAUAAAUUGGAGAAGAGGGGGGAUAAAUGCCCUAUAUGUCGUGCAUCCAUCGAUUUUGUCAUUAGACAAUAUAAUUGAUUUGUUGGGGGUCAGAUUUUUUUUGUUACUCACGCGAGUAACAAAUGUUAUGAAUCUUUUUUUUUUUUUUGGUUUCACGAUUGUAUAAAACCAUCUUAAAGGUCUACAUAUAGCAUAUCACAACCCGAUAUGACUUCGAGAAAU